GCCGGCGGGGAGGCGGGGGAGGUGUUUUCCAGCUUUAAAAAGGCAGGAGGCAGAGCGCGGCCCUGCGUCAGAGCGACACUCAGAGGACUCCGAACUCGCCGGCACAGUCACCGCGCCGGGUCGGGCGGCCGGGCGCGGGCACCGGGGCGCGGGAGCACACCGCCGAGCCCCCGCCACCCCGCCACCCCGCCACGCAGCUCGGGCCCCAGGGCCGCGGCUCGGCCCGCCACGCGCGCACACGCCCCCCAAUGACAUUUGUCCGGGGCGGGCGGCGCUGAGCCGGGGGAGAGGUCCCUGCCUUCCCGGGAGACCCUGCCGGGGCGGCGGCGCCGAGCGCCUCCCUCUCCUCCUCCCGCUCCUCCUGCUCCCCGCCGCCGCCGCCGCCGCCGCCGCCGCCGCGUGGAUGCCAAGUACCAGUUUUCCAGUCCCUUCCAAGUUUCCACUCGGGCCUCCGGCUGCAGUCUGCGGGAGCGGAGAAACUUUGGGGCCCGCGCCGCCCUCCGGCGGCACCAUGAAGUCGGCGGAGGAAGAGCACUACAGUUAUGCACCCCCCAGCAUCAGCACCGCUCUGCCUCCCGGCUCGGCUCACCCCUCGCUGCCGGCUCUGUGCCACGACCUGCAGAGUGCCGCCCCGGGCAUGCCGGGCGCUGCGGCCGGCCAGCCCCCGGGCUACGGGGGGGCUGUGGACAGCGGGCCCUCCAGCUACCUCCUGUCCUCCAGCCACAUCCGGCCCAACGGAGCCCCCGCCCUGGAGAGCCCCCGCAUCGAGAUCACCUCGUACAUGGGACUGCACCAUGGCAACAACCAGUUCUUCCACGAUGUGGAGGUGGGAGACGUCAUUCCCAGCUCCAAGCGGCCCCCCUCGACGGCCACCCUGAAUCUGCCCAACCUGGAGGCCUACCGGGACCCCUCGUGCCUGAGCCCGGCCAGCAGCCUGUCUUCCCGCAGCUGCAACUCUGAGGCCUCGUCCUACGAGUCCAACUUUUCGUAUCCCUACGCGUCCCCGCAGACGUCCCCGUGGCAGUCGCCCUGCGUGUCCCCCAAGACCACAGACCCCGAGGAGGGCUUCCCCCGCGGCCUGGGCGCCUGCGGCCUGCUGGGGUCCCCCAGACACUCGCCCUCCACUUCGCCCCGCACGAGCGUCACGGAAGAGAGCUGGCUGGGGGCCCGCACGUCCCGGCCGUCGUCCCCCUGCAACAAGAGGAAGUACGGCCUCAACGGCCGGCAGCUCUCUUGCUCCCCGCACCACUCGCCCACGCCGUCCCCGCGCAGCUCGCCGCGGGUCAGCGUCACCGACGACACCUGGCUGGGCAACAGCACGCAGUACACCAGCUCCGCCAUCGUGGCCGCCAUCAACGCCCUGAGCACCGACAGCACCCUGGAGCUGGGCGACGGCGUCCCCGUGAAGGCGCGCAAGACCGCCCUGGACCGCUGUCCCUCGGUGGCGCUCAAGGUGGAGCCGGCCGGCGAGGACCUGGGGGCCACGCCGCCCACGUCUGAGUUCCUGCCCGAGGAGGUCCCCCCCUUCCAGCACAUCCGGAAGGGCGCCUUCUGCGACCAGUACCUGUCGGUGCCGCAGCACCCCUACCAGUGGGCCAGGCCCAGGUCCCCGACAUCCUACGCCAGCCCGUCCCUCCCCGCCCUGGACUGGCAGGUGCCCUCGCGCUCAGGGCCCUACGAGCUGCGGAUCGAGGUGCAGCCCAAGCCCCACCACAGAGCCCACUACGAGACGGAGGGGAGCCGUGGGGCUGUGAAGGCGUCGGCCGGAGGACACCCCAGCGUGCAGCUACACGGCUACUUGGAGAACGAGCCGCUCACGCUACAGCUGUUCAUCGGGACCGCUGACGACCGCCUGCUGAGACCCCACGCCUUCUACCAGGUGCAUCGGAUCACGGGCAAGACCGUGUCCACCACCAGUCACGAGGCCAUCCUGUCCAACACCAAAGUCCUGGAGAUCCCGCUGCUGCCGGAGAACAACAUGAGAGCCAUCGUGGACUGCGCCGGGAUCCUGAAGCUCAGAAACUCGGACAUCGAGCUGCGCAAAGGGGAGACAGACAUCGGGAGAAAGAACACCAGGGUGAGGCUGGUCUUCCGGGUCCACAUCCCGCAGCCCAACGGCCGGACGCUGUCCCUGCAAGUGGCCUCGAACCCCAUCGAGUGCUCCCAGCGGUCGGCCCAGGAGCUGCCCCUCGUGGAGAAGCAGAGCGCGGCCAGCUGCCCCGUCCUCGGUGGGAAGAAGAUGGUCCUGUCCGGCCAUAACUUUCUGCAAGACUCCAAGGUCAUUUUCGUGGAGAAAGCACCAGACGGUCACCACAUCUGGGAGGCUGAGGCAAAGACGGACAGAGGCCUGUGCAAGCCGAAUUCGUUGGUGGUCGAGAUACCGCCUUUCCGCAAUCCGAGAAUAACGAGCCCCGUCCAAGUCAGUUUCUACGUCUGCAACGGGAAGAGGAAGAGGAGCCAGUAUCAGCACUUGACCUACCUUCCUGCGAACGCUCCAACCAUAAAAACAGAGCCCGCAGAUGACCACGAGCCCGCCCUGACCUGUGGGCCAGGGGGCCAGGGCCUGAGCCCGCUCCCGCAGCCACGCUUCAGCCAGCAGCUCGUGGUGCCACCCGACCCGGGCUCCUGCCUGGUGGCCGGCUUCCCACCCUGUCCGCAGAGAAGCACCGUGGUGUCGCCGCCACCCGGCACUGGCCAGGAGCUCCACGACCUGUCUUCCGCUGCCUACGGCAAGGGCACGGCCAGCCAGGGCCACGGUCACCUUGGACUUCAGCGGCCGGCCGGAGGGGUGCUCGCCGUUCGGGAGACGCCAAGGCCUGUGGGUGUGCACCCUGGGCCCCCCCAGCAGCCGCCCCCCGCCCUGCUGCAACCACAGUCCUGCAGCCCUACCCGCCCAUCCGAGAUGGGCCGCCAGCAGCACCGACUGCCGAAGGCUCCGAGGAGCGAGUCUGCAGCCCCCCGGCCCCCGCCGCUGCCCGAGGUGCGUGAGGACAGUAGUCAUAGUCUGGCUCCCUUUCCCGUAACGGUCAAGCGAGAGCCUCAGGAGCUGGACCAGCUGUACCUGGACGACGUAAAUGAGAUAAUCCGGAACGAUCUCUCCAGCACCAACAUCUGAUCAUAGCUGGCGACACGGAACUCGCUCCGAAGCCGCGUGGUGUCGACUCGGCCGCUGACCGUCGAGCUUCGGCACCAGGACUUCAAGUAAACUGAGCAGAGCCCUGGUGCCGGUCAGAUCCCCGGCUUCAUGAAGAUUUGCAUUGUCCGCUCACAGAAGCUGCCCGGCGGCUGGCGGGAUGGGCCACUCCUCCCGUGUCAAGACUGAAAGGGGCGUGCCUCCCACGGGGGGACUCCAGUGCUGGAAGUGCCUUAUUACGCAGACCCCAGCAUCGGGGCGCCACGGGGGAGCCCUGAGUCUGCUCCCAGGAGAGUAUUUGUAGGAGCAGAAGCUAUAAGGACACUUCAUCCUGAGGCUUUCUCUUGUGUAAAUUAGGAGAAUACUGGCAAGCUAGGUAGGCAUUGUGAGAAAUACCUCACACGUGCUUCCUGCGUUUUCUCAGCUUUCCUCGGGCUGCAGCGUGCAAUCUGUUGCCUCAUUCGGUGCAUCGUAGAGACCUCCUGCUUUGUCCUCGCUCUCGUCACCUGCCCCCUCCCCCGUGUUACUGGAACCAUAGGAUCGUUAAUUGUAGCAUGCUAGGGUUUUGUUUUUAAUCUGGCUUUGAGCGUAGCGCACGUAAGAUGAUAGCACAAGAUAGGUUGCUGGACGAAAAAAGAAGUCUGUCUGCCACACGACAGCUUUUGCGUUUGCAUGUAUGUACAGACUGGGCACAUAUUUAAGUACAGAUAAUAACGACAGAGGCGGUGACGUCUGGUCUUUGCCCAGCGAGGGCUGCCGUGUCAGCAGCAGUAACCAGCGUCCGUUCCGGAAGGUGCAUCUAAGACAAAGCCUGGCUUUUCAGCUGCGUGCACUGGGCCCACGUCCCUCCAGCGGGCCUUCGUCGUCUCGUGCCGUCAGCCGAGCACUUUAGAAAGCCGGGAGACGUGCGUUCUCAACGCCUGGAUGCUACCAGACGGCAGGUGGGACAGUCACUGUAAAUAACAUCCCAAGAGGAGUGUAAUAUAUUUGUUCAGCUGUAAGAUUGUUACUUCACAGAAGCCUUAUAUCUCUGCUUCAUCUAAGACAACGAUUACCAAAAACGUUUUAACACGCAGCGACUGUAGUAUGUUUUCCGACUAGUUACUGUUAACGGAUAGGUUAGUGUAAACUACUGCGUUUGUGCAAUUAACAGCUUAUUACACGUUGUUACUAGCAGUGGCCUGUUGUUCCACGUAACCAAAAAGCAUGGUCUCACUGGCUAACCUAAUAAUUGUGCCUUAGGAAUUCAUGCCCCCUCAUGGAACAUGCCUGAAUUGCACCCGCCGGUGGAGGUCGUAAGUUACAAUAACGAAACAUAACGUCACGGUAGAGAACGCUCUCCCACAGAAACGAUGAUUUUAAAACUGCUCUUCAGUGUGGUUAUGUCUUAUUCUUGUCUGACUCCCAGAAAGGACACGGCCCCGAAAGCCACAUCUGUAGCAUUUGCACACAACUGCCACGGGCGACGGUGUAUGGCUCCGCGUAGACGUGACCCCGCUUCUCCCAGGCUGCUGCCCCGCCCGUAGCCCAGACCGCAGCCCGCAGUUAGCGCCCCAGGACUCGCAUGGAACACUGCUCAGUAGGCUGUCCUAAGGAGAGGAGACGUUUGGUAUUUGUGUCCGCUGUCUGUGCUUAGGAAAUAGAUCCAAUAAAGCAAUAUUUUUUUGCUGGA